UGUUUGAGGUGUGAAGAAGCUUCAGCCGUCGGUCUGUACGCUGAUGCUGUUUCCUGGCUGCGUGCGUUUUCACGUGACCCCACGAGCGAGUGAGCCUCAGAGCCAGCGGCUGACACUUAAAGCAAAAGCAAACACAACAAGCAAACUGAUUCACUUCGGCAGCGGACGCCUGUAAUUUUCGAGGAUGUUUUCACUCGGGGAGAAAAUGGAGUUUCUCAUAGGAAACCCAUUUUCAACGCCGGUCGGACAGAGAAUCGAGCAAGCGACCAAUGGAUCACUACAAUCGGAAGACUGGGGGCUCAACAUGGAGAUCUGUGACAUCAUCAAUGAGACAGACGAAGGGCCGAGAGAUGCAGUUAAAGCCAUUAAGAAGAGAAUAGUAGGAAACAAGAACUUCAGAGAGAUUAUGUUUGCUCUCACUGUUCUGGAGACGUGUGUGAAGAACUGUGGCCAUCGUUUCCACGUUUUGAUUGCCUCACAGGAGUUUGUUGAGGGGGUUUUGGUUCGUUCUAUUCUGCCCAAAAAUAACCCACCCACUAUCCUCCAUGACAGGGUCCUCAGCCUCAUACAGUCAUGGGCUGAUGCAUUUCGAAGCUCUUCCUCCCUGGCGGGGGUGGUACAUGUAUACGAUGACCUAAGAAGACGAGGUCUGGAGUUCCCCAUGACAGACCUGGAUGCUCUGUCCCCCAUCCACACACCAAAUAGGAGCACCCCAGAAAAUGGAACCGCUGAGAUGCCCCCUGUCACUGCUCCUACAAAUGAGUCACAACUGGAAGCUGCUUCAAGCAUUUCCAGUCAGAAUACAUCACCUUCAUUUCAGCCCAGUGAAGGACCAGUCUCACUUACUGCAGAACAGGAGCAGAAGCUGCGAAGUGAGCUCGAUUUGGUGAGAGGAAAUCUCAAAGUGAUGUCUGAAAUGCUAAAUGAGCUACUCCCUGGACAAAGCCAGCCAGAUGAUACACAGCUGCUACAGCAGCUGUUCUCUGUCUGUAAGAGCAUGCAGACUCGGGUGGUGGAGCUCAUCCCUCAGCUGCUGGAUGAAGGAUUUAUUGAAGUGCUGCUCGUGGUCAAUGAUGACCUCAACAACGCCUUCAUUCGCUAUGAGAGGUUUGACAGAUUGAACAAGGCACAGAUUGCUAAUACACAACAGAGCUCUUCAACAAACCUUAUCAACCUCAGUUCUGAGCCUUCCACUGUCAGACAACCAGCUGUCAUUUCAACAACCAGCCAACCAGCCGCCAGCACCAGUACCAAUCAGCAGCAAUCAGCCAAUCACAAUGAAGAGGAGGAAUUUGACAUGUUUGCGCAAACCAGAGGCAGCUCUCUGGCUGACCAGAGGAAAAGUGUUAGGUAUGAAGAUCCAGGAGCUGUAGAGGGCCUGGCUGGAGCUCUUGAUACCAGGCUGCAGGUCACAGGAGGAGGGAGUACAGCAACAAUUCCGCCAGCGACAAACUCUAUGCAGAAUGAUAUUGACAAAUGGUUAUCUUCUGAUUUGCCGGAAGAGCAGUCUUCAGUUUGCGAGGGAGUUUCCAGUGAAGAGUUUGAUAAGUUCCUGGAGGAUCGGGCGAAGGCGGCAGACUACAGCAGCCAGACGAUUCUCAAUGUGCCAUCUUCCACACCCAGACGGCCACCACAAUCUAGCCAGCAACAGGAUAGCACACAUGAUCAUCUGUUCUCACUCUGAGUGUGUGAAUAAGCAAGACGACAGGAUGGAGGUCAACACAGGAGUAUCACAAACUGAAAUAUGGUUACAUUCACACGUAUAGUGUGCCAGGUCGGGUUUUUUCUAAAGGA